CGCGCGCGGCUUCUCAAACAUGGCGGCAGCGGUGUGAAGAUCUGUGGCUGCUCUCGGGGAAUCGGUGACCAGUGUGAUCGGAGUUUUGCUCCCUUUGCCUAAGAGACCCUAGGAAAGAACACCAGAAAGGGAUACUAUGGGGCGAACAGCUGGUAGAGAUUCAAUGAAUGUGAAGAAGGAGAGUCAAGAGAAAACUUCUCAAUCGGACACAUCUACACAAGGUGAUGAUUUCCAUUGGGACACUUACUUGAAAGAGACUGGAUCUUUAAGUGCUCCUAUAGAGUGUUUCAGACAGUCUAAGAUCCCACCAACUAAUGAAUUCAAAGUUGGUAUGAAACUGGAAGCGCAUGACCCUCGCAAUAUGACUUCAACAUGUAUUGCCACGAUUAUCGGAGUUACUGGUGCCAGGUUACGUUUACGCCUUGAUGGUAGUGAUGAUAAAAAUGAUUUUUGGAGACUUGUUGAUUCUGCAGACAUACAACCCGUUGGCACAUGUGAACAGCAAGGGGACUUACUUCAGCCUCCAUUGGGAUACAAGAUGAGUACAUUAUCUUGGCCGAUGUUCCUUUUGCGAACAUUGGAUGGAUCUGAAAUGGCACCUGCAACAUUCUUCAAGGAGGAACCACCAAAGCCACCUCUAAAUAACUUUAAAGUGGGGAUGAAACUAGAAGCUGUAGACAAAAAGAAUCCGGAUAUGAUAUGUCCUGCAACUAUUGGAGGUGUUAGAGGAGAUGAAGUUCAUAUUACAUUUGAUGGCUGGAGUGGAGCUUUUGAUUACUGGUGCAAAUACUAUUGCCGAGAUAUUUUCCCAGUUGGGUGGUGUCGUCUGGCAGGAGAUGUAUUGCAACCACCAGGAGCCAAUGUUAUUACAAAGAAUACAGCUAAAAGACAGUCUUCCCUUUCCAAAGCAACCCAGCAGUCAAUGCAGUCUUCAAAGAAAACUGCUGUAGCACUCCCAACACAACCGACCAGGAAGUCAGGACGGGUUAAACCACCUGGAUGUCCUCCAGCCCCCAAGAAAGAAAGUACUGCUAAAAAUGUCACACCAAAGAAAAAAGUCCCAAAAAAGGAACAAUCUAUUCCUGUUAUGUGUUCCACAUCUACAACUUCUAUAAAGAUGCUGACCAGAGGCAGAGGUGUUGAAUAUAAGGAGCCCAGUCCUGGGUCAUGUAAAAUAGUGAUGUCUACAGUGUGUGUUUAUAUAAAUAAACAUGGAGACUGUGGCCCUUACCUGGAUCAGAAUAAAAUCCAGCAGUUGCCUGACCACUUUGGCCCGGGCCCUGUGAAUGUGGUGCUCCGGCGUACUGUGCAGGCUUGUGUGGAUUGUGGCAUUGACAGUAAGGCUGUUUUUGGAUUCCUUAAGGCAGAUAAUCGUGGAGGAGAAGUAAUAACUGCCUCCUUUGAUGGGGAAACUCAUUCCAUCCAGCUCCCUCCAGUGAACAGUGCAUCAUUUGCUCUUCGCUUUCUUGAAAACUUGUGCCAUAGCAUGCAAUGUGAUAACCUUUUGAGUAGUCAGCCUUUUAGUGCUUGCAGAGGUAAUAUUCUUAGUACUGCAGAGGAUGAUAAAAAUAAACCAGUUGAGGAAGAUGUAACUGAAAAACAAACCACCAAGCGACCUUCUGAGCAGCCUCUAUCUGAUGUUGCUCCUCUCUCUCCUAAGCUCCCCAAAAUAGAGAUGCAUGCCUCUCAAGAAGAACUAUUGUCUUCUGAGGGAAAUGUCAUGCCUAAAGAGGAGACGCUUCCUGAAGAGUCCCAGGACUCACCACUAAAUCCAGAAAGUAAUUUGAAUCCUGCCAGUGGAGAUCCUUUAAGCACUGAUACCUCAGUCUCCAAGAAUUUUUCUGAAGGUGUGCCCUUCUCCUUAAGUUCAGCACUACUGGAUACAUCAUCUACCCAGAACAUUCCCCAUGAAUUCCAAAUGCAGAAGAACAGUGAAGGUAUUGGAACUGUUAAAGCUGAAUUCAUCCCUGAUUGCUGGUUAUGCUCACACAACCUUCUGCCCUGCCCCAUUAUUUGAAUGAAAUAAAUUGUUGAUUUUUGUUAUAGGAAAGAAAUUCAAUAACAUUGUUGGGGAUAAAAAUCAAAUCACUUUCACUUUAUUUCAGAAAUAGUUACUGCUAUACUAGUAUUUACAAGGCAAAGCUAUUCAGGAUAAAAACAUGGCUGGACUUUAUUUUUUACAUAAUUUGUUUAAUGUAAUUAUUUGAAUAACACUAAAUGUUUGCAACCUUCUCUGGUUGUUUUGAAGAUAUGGGCCUAAUUACAUUAUUUUUCCAUAAUAGAUUAAAAAUAGAUAUUCUUAUCGAUGUUUUGUUUUAAUAUAAUAUUAUAGUUUUGUACCAGAAAUCAUAUCUUUACUUAUACUUUAUCUGUAGUAAUCUGUAAAACUAGUUAUAUGUUGUUCAAGUUUAUAUAUAUACAAUGAAAUAUUACUUGGCCAUAAAACUGAAUGUAAUCUUGCCAUUUGCGAUAACAUGGAACUAGAUGGUAUUAUGCUAAGCUAAACAAGUCAGAGAAAGACAAAUAUCUUAUGAUUUCAUUUACACGCAGAAUAGAAAAACAAUAAAUAAAUAAAACAGAAAUAGACAACGACAACAAAAAUACAUAACUAUAUUCCCCCUGUGAACUACUAUAUCACUUGGUUGGAAAACUGCCUCAUAUUACCAAUAGACUGAAACUACACUAGUAGUCUGAUUCAGUCUAGACAUUUGUUCAAUAUGUUAUAAGUGCAACUUUUCUCCUGUUCAUCAUGUAAGAUCACUGAAACUUCCUUAUCACUCUGAAACACUGAAAGAGUAAAUUGUAAAUGGGAAAAAAAAGACAUAACUAUAUCAGAUUUUGUGACAGAAAUCAGAAAUACCACAAAACAUAAGUUAAUUUAGUGGUAUGAUUCGCCUUGCCAAUAAGUUUAUGUUAAAUUGAGUCUUUCUUCAGUUAAAGAUCUUUCUGUCUAAGUUUUUAGAAUGUCUUAGGUAUGAUAUGGUCUACAGCAGCGGUCGCCAACUGGUGGUCUGUGGACCACGGUGGUCUGUGAGGUACGAAAGGUUGGCGACCGCUGGUCUACUUCAUCAUCACUUUUAUCUUGGUUGAUUCAGCCCAGUAGCAUUUCUUGGUAGAUAUGACCAACAUUUUUUUAUCUCUGACUAGUGGAAGAGGAAGAUACAUUUUAGUAAAGACGUUUUAUUUUACAUCAAAGUUGUGAUAUUAUUGAAAAAGAAAAUUCUAAGCCACACACAAAAAAUUGAUCAUUGUAACUUUUUUUAUCUUCUGUUUUCUUUGCUCUUGUCCUCAAUAAAUACUCAAAAUGUCCCGUAAGUGUCCAGAAUCCAGAUAAUAGGAAAUAAAGGUACACCUUUGGCUAAUUUAUUCCAAAAAGAUCAAAUUUGUAUUGACAGUUUCUUGGUUAGACACAUAAUAUAAAUCUUCCUAGUAAAGCAUACAGUGUACAGAUGAUGUAUUAUAGAAUUAUUUACCUGAAACCUGUGUAAUUUUAUUAAUGUCACCCCAAUAAAUUCAAUUUAAAAAAAAUAAAAAAACCCACUGUGUUUUCACACACUAUAGAAAGUUGAGUGUUCUGGUUGAGAAAAUGAAUACUUGCCUAGACACAGAAAUUUCAGCAUGAUUUAGUGAACAUCAUAGCUAAAACUUUUUGAGGUAUGAGCACUUCAAUUGUUUCAUGUCUUAGUUACUUAUUUUUUCAACAUAUAAACCUUCAACCAAAUUAUCUAUUGCUAUGCAAAUAAACUUGAAAGAGGUAUUUGAUAUUAAAUACCUCAGUAUAAUAUUGAAGUUACUUCUGACCUAUAUAAACAGACAAUAAUCUUGUUUUCUUCAAAAUUCAGAUAAGCAUUUGAGCCUUGAGAUACAGGAAUUUAAAAAAUAAAGUAAUGCUAAAAACGUUCAUAUUAAGUACAUGGGAGAGAUUUAGUAAAAGAACUAAUUCAGUUCUUCUUAAAGAUAAUAGGGUUUUUGAAAUUUAUUGAUUAAAGUGAAUAAAUAUAAGCAAUUAGAAAACUAAAUUUGGGGAAUUCCCAUUGUAUUUAGCUAGUAAAAUAAACCUAAUCUAGAAAAGAGGAGAAAAAUUCAUUGAAAUACUUAAAGAGAGUAAUAGGUUAGCUUAGAUGAACCUAAUUUAACCCAAGUAACAGAUCUUUUACUGUAUUUUCCUGUGGCCAAAGAGAC